GAGCUUCCGGGAAUACUCGGCCGUAACCAGCCCCUGCAAUGGCCUCGUCUUUGGUGGGCAAGAAGAUCGUGUUUGUGACAGGAAACGCAAAGAAGCUGGAGGAGGUCAUUCAGAUUCUAGGAGAUAAGUUUCCGUGCACUUUGGUGGCACAGAAAAUUGACCUGCCUGAGUACCAGGGAGAGCCGGAUGAAAUUUCCAUACAGAAGUGUCGGGAGGCCGCUCGCCAGGUGCAGGGUCCUGUGCUGGUAGAGGAUACUUGUCUGUGCUUCAAUGCCCUCGGGGGGCUCCCUGGCCCCUACAUAAAAUGGUUCCUCGAGAAGCUAAAGCCUGAAGGUCUCCACCAGCUCCUGGCCGGCUUUGAGGACAAAUCAGCCUACGCACUUUGUACAUUUGCUCUCAGCACUGGGGACCCAAGCCAGCCAGUCCUCCUGUUCAGGGGCCAGACCGCGGCGUGCCCUCAUAGCCCGCUACUGUUCUGCACCUUACUGAGAUGCCUAACAGACAUUUAUCGGUACUGCGGAUCCUUUGAACUAUUAGACAUUUUGAGUAAUUCAGGGCCGGAUUGUGAUGCCGCGAGGCUCCCGGGACUUUGGCUGGGAUCCCUGCUUUCAGCCCGAUGGAUAUGAGCAAACGUAUGCAGAGAUGCCAAAGGCUGAAAAAAACGCCAUUUCUCAUCGGUUCCGGGCCCUGCUCAAGCUACAAGAGUACUUCAGUGUGACUGCUGGGGCUGGUGGCCAGUAAAGCCGUGGGAUGGGGAGGACUAGUGUAGCGCUCCCCAGGAGGCAGGCACUCCUGGCAGCUGUUUCUCUGGAUUUCCCUCUGCCAGGGGAUCCAGGCAGCUUUAGUAGCCAGGUCUGGAGGAGCAGUUUGCUCUGCAUAGGGGAACUCUGGGCCAGUUGUUACUAAACCCUUGCCCUUUGGGAUUCAUGAGUUUCCUUUGGCCUGGCAUAGUGGUGCACACCUUUAGUCCCAGAAUGUGGGAGGCAGAGGCAGACAGAGCUUUGCGAGUUCAAGGCCAGCCUGGUUUAGAUAGUGAGUUCCAGGGCAGCCAGAGCUACAUAGUGAGAUACUGUCUCAAAAACAAACAAACAAAAAAACCAGAGUUGCUCUUGUAGCCUCUGGGAUCCUGAGAGAACUUUGGGUGUUCACAAUUCUUAGCUGGGUUGAGGGUUGGCAAAGAAAUACACAACCUUUGAUUUUAUAAGGCAGCAAAUGUAAAUUCUGGAAGGCAUGCUUCCAAAAUAAAUGGUAUAUCUG